AUGGCUGAAGACAUCGAAGGCGCAGAGAAUGCUCAAGGUGCUAAUGGCCAAGAUGAAGUAGGAGAAGUUCAAGCAUCUCAUUGGUAUGAAAAAUACAAAAAUCUUCCUGUAAUUGAUUUUACAAGAUAUGAUGCUAACUCAUGGGUUAGACUUGAUGAAGCAAACAUUACUGAUUUGCCAUUACUCAACAAUCGUUCGAUCAAUGAUAUGGUAGAACCAUUCUGUAAAGAAUUUGAUCAAAUUCCACAAAGCGAAAUAUUCACAAAUGUUACUCCACUCGUCGCUGAUUUUGGUGCUUACCUUACACAAGCCAUGAUUCAAAAGCUAGCUUAUCCAGUUGUCUGUUAUUUUCCUCCAUGCAUUCCACGUUUACAUCCAUCAAUUCCAUCAUUAACAAUUCUUCUUGCAAGGAUCCUACAUACAACAUCUGAUCCAAAGAAAUUCAUUUAUUUCAUGACAAUAGCUUUAUUCCAAAAAGUUUGGACAACAAAAUCUUGUUUAAUCAAUAACUACUUGCUUUCCAUUUGCCGCUGUACUAUUGAAGAUAAAGGUAGCUAUUGGGCAUAUAUUGAUAGAGAUCGUCAUUUUUGCCUUUAUGAAACUACAAGUAAAGGAUGCCAUGAGGUGAAAUCCAUCAUGAUUCAAAAAGCAUACAGUAGUACCGAUAAAACUACUAUAAAUAUCUUAGAUCUCAACCAAAAAAACGUUUGUCAAUUUAAACCGAUUGAAAAGGAUCAAAUUCAGCUUUGGGACCUCAUUUACUCAAGACAGAAAGUUCCUUUCCCAUUCUAUCUUUUAAGCGGAGACGAAUUUUUCCCGGAAAUUUUAUAUCGCUCUUAUUACACCUACAUUACUGCCAAUGACUCAGUUUUUGUUCAGGCACUCUUAAAGUCUACAAUUUUGGAUCCAAAAGUCUGGGAAGGCGUAGUUAGAUGCCAUAUUCACGCAAACAAAAUGGUUUUCCUUGCAGAAAGCGUAUUUGCGUUUACAUUUAACGAUUCGUUUGAAUUAGCUAAUGAUUCCUUUGAACUUCCGACUCAUUUACUUUUAUUUGCUCGCGCACUUGGAAAAAUCUACUUCCAACAGUACUUUGAUGACUUCUUCAACAAGGUUAGCGCGAUUGUUGACUUCCACGAUGAUCUUGACCUUUCAGAUAUUACACUUGUUGAUGUCAAGCUUACAGAGAAGAUUUUGUUCAAUGUUAUGAAGUAUAUCAUGCAAGGCGCAGUAUACGUACCUAAGGAAUGGCGUAUUAUUUUAAGUACACUCAGAAUGUACUUAAAUACUCGUUACAACAGCCAAGCCCUUACAUUUCUUGGCCUUUCCGCAUUCUUCGGACGUGGUAUAAUUGUUCCUUUCUUCCAGGAAAACGUCAAAUUCACAAAAGCCGUUUCUGUCCAACAUCCAGGAAAUUUCCCUGUUUUCGGAUACCUCCUUUCAGUUCCAUUCUGCUUGAACAUAUACAGUGGAACUACAGACAGAUUCAAAGACUACAACAGACGUCUGGAAAACCACUUUUUCCCAAGAUGGUGGGCAUUUCUCAACAACCUUGCCGAUUUCGAAGAAGAUUUCACUUUCUCACCACCAGAUAACAAAUCCAUUUCAUACGCUCUUGAUAAAAUCAUCAGGCCAACGAUGAAUGAAACAUUUGCAGCCUUAGUCAAAGAUACAAUUGUUUCUUUGGUUGAUCCUAACAUUAGAGCUGCAUCAGUUCCAGGCUGGAACCUUGCCGUCAUUGUUUCGAGGUUCUUUGUUCAUUGUUACGAUCCAUGUGAAAAAGUAACGAAGAAAAAGAAAGCUGUAGUCAAGACCAAGCCUGUAAAACUUCCUGCUCUGCCCAUGUUCAAAGGCGGAUCCGGUGGAGGCGGAAUGCGUGGAAUGCCAAUUGCCCCUCACGUCAAUUUCAACGAAGGAAAUUCAUUUGAAGGCACAGGCGACUUCAACAUGAAUUCUUUCUUCAUUCCUCGCUCGAUUCCGACACCGAAUAUGACGAUGAGUUUGCCAGACUUGCCUCCUGCGGCCAAAUUCAAUCCUAUUAUAUACAAGGAUGACGACCUUCCUCCUACGACCGGUUCUGACGAAGAUAAUUUGACAAUUACUCCGAAGGAGCUCCAAAACAAGAUGAAAAAGAAGGAAAAGAAAGGUCUGGAUGCCAAAAACAUUGUUAACAACAUGGAUAUGAGAAGUGCUGGUUUCCAACAACCUGUUCAGCCUCCACCAUCUCCAAAGAAGAAUUCCAACCAUUUGCCACCACCUCCGAAGAAGGCACUGGCUGAUAAUGACGAUGAUGAUACUGAUGAUGACAUGAAACUGUUUUUGAAAACAAUUGGAUCUGAUGACGAAGGAACAAACACCCGCACACAGAAGAAACAUGGAAAGAUGGUACCUGUUGAUCCGUCUAAGGUCAAGCAAGGUGAAAAUCAACCGAAACUUUAUAAGAAAGUGAAGAAAUGA